CUCACACUUUCACCAAUCUAUGGACGCAUCCGACGGCGACACCAAAGGCGCAAGCAAUAACGAACGCCUGUUAGCAGCCGCACGAACAGACAACGAAGAGCUCUUACUUGAGGUACUGGGGCAGGAAGGGACCUUUGAUAUCAAUUGCCAAGAUGGCCUAGGAAAUACCCCUCUACAUAAUGCCGUGAUAAACGGCUCAACAGACGUCCUUGAACACAUCCUCUCACAGGAAGGAUGCGACGUCGACCCUAUAAACCGUAUCGACGGCGCUACGCCCCUCCACCUCGCUGUUCAACUGGACCAUCCUGGGCUGCGCAAACAUGUUGUUGAGAGUCUGUUAGAUGCCGGUGCUGAUACUUUGAUAAAAGACAAGAACGGAUUCAUAGUCCUCGACCUCAUCCCAUCGGGCGACACGGAGAUGCGCACGCUGAUACGGAGGUCGCAGGCGCAGAGUAGUAUUUCGAAGGAUGAUAUUGCGAGUGACGACGACGGCGAAGCAGGUUCAGGUUCAGAGGAUGAGUAGAGGGAAGGGAAUUCAUUCCAUUACUAGCCCUGUACGAUGGUGAACCAGCAACCUUAGUGACCAUGCAUCCACUCCACCCCCUCUCUCACCACAGGCAUUGGCUUAUGCAGAUCAAUUGUGUGUAGAAAUUAAUAAAUGUUAUACUCCAGAUAUAUUGGGCAAGU